AUGGCACCUGUCAAGAAAAUGCUUGGUUUGAAAGAUCACAUCGAUCCACUGGACAAACCCUCCGAGUCUCGCCAUGAAGCAGAUCCAACGGUAUUGGACUGGCUGAAUGAUGUUGUCCCUACAUGGCGACAAUUUUUCCACCACUUGAUCAGAAUGUUCCCUUUCAUGAAUUGGAUCAAACACUAUAACGUGCAAUGGCUUAUCGGUGACCUGAUUGCAGGUGCUACUGUUGGUGCUGUCGUGAUUCCACAAGGUAUGGGCUAUGCUAAGCUGGCUGGGCUUCCUGUACAAUACGGACUGUACACUUCUUUCAUGGGUGGAGUUGUUUAUUGGCUCUUUGCAACGUCCAAGGACAUUACUAUCGGCCCUGUUGCGAUCAUGUCUACGGUACUCGGAUCUGUCAUCCCAGAGGUGCAGCGUAUCUACCCCGGCAUUCCCGCCCCGCAGAUCGCCAUGUCAAUCACUAUCAUCUGUGGCAGUAUCGUCACGUUUAUGGGCUUGGCACGAAUGGGAUUUAUUGUUGACUUUAUUCCGCUUCCAUCGAUCGCGGCUUUCAUGACAGGAUCAGCUAUCACCAUCUGCUCCGGGCAGGUGAAAACGCUGCUAGGAGAAACAGCCGAGUUUGAUAAUCGUGGUCCGGCCUAUCAAACAAUUAUCAACACGUUGAAAAACGUCCCAUCCGCAAAGAAAUACGAUGCUGCUAUGGGGGUUUCGGCCUUGGCGACGCUGUACUUGAUCCGCACUGCAUGCAAUUUCUGUGUCCGGAAAUUUCCACGUCGCGCAAAGCUCUUCUUUUUCCUUACCGCCCUUCGCACGGUGUUUAUAAUCCUACUUUUCACUAUGAUCAGUGCUAUAGUCAAUACGCAUAGACGUGACGACCCCGCCUUUGCAAUUGUCGGCCAAGUCUCUCGUGGAUUCGAGCACGCCGGUGUUCCUGUCCUCAAGGCGGACAUUAUCAAGGCUUAUGUCUACAAUCUCCCAGCAUGUGUAAUUGUCUUGCUUCUGGAGCAUAUUGCAAUUUCGAAAUCUUUCGGUCGGAUCAACAAUUAUACCAUCGACCCGUCCCAGGAGUUCAUUGCUAUCGGCAUUACGAAUCUUCUGGGUCCAUUCAUUGGCGCAUACUCUGCCACUGGUUCCUUCUCUCGCUCAGCUAUUCAGUCCAAGUCAGGGUCGCGUACUCCUCUUGCCGGUGUUACUACUGCGAUAGUCGUCUUGGUGGCUAUAUACGCACUGACGACUGUGAUUUUCUAUAUUCCUCACGCCACGCUAGCGAGUGUGAUUAUCCAUGCAGUCGGCGAUUUGAUCGUUGCACCAAAUACUGUUUACCAGUUCUGGCGUGUCUCGCCUCUGGAUGCUGUCAUCUUCGUCAUCGGUCUGGUGGUUGCCAUCAUGAACACGAUCCCUAACAGUAUAUACGUCACUGUUUGCAUUUCAAUCGUUGUUUUAAUCUUCCGUUAUGCAAAGGCUCCAGGCAACUUCCUCAGUCAGACCUGGGUUGGUGAAAAGCAAAAUAAUCGACCGCUAUUUCUGCCAAUAGACGAAUUCGAUUCCGAUAUGAAGCCGGAGAAUCCACGGCACGGGGUCUUCAUCUAUCGGUUCUCAGAAGGCUUCAACUAUCCCAACGCCGGUCACUAUACAGAAGCAAUGGUGCAGUCGAUUUCCAAGAGCACACGUCGGACAAAUGCACAGGCAUAUGUUACCAAGGGCAGCCGCCCAUGGAAUGAUCCCGAGCCGAAAAGACGAGCGGAUGGUGGUGAAGAAGAUUUACCUCUACUACGGGCCAUCAUAUUGGACUUCUCGGCAGUCAACAACGUCGAUGUGACCAGCAUCCAAAAUUUAGUUGACGUACGCAAUCAGCUAAACCUUCGCGCGGCGCCACUCGAGGUACAAUGGCAUUUUGCCCACGUCCGAAACAGAUGGACCAAGCGCGCACUCGCUGCAGCAGGCUUUGGGUUUCCCUCCCCUUGCAAAAACGUGGCCGUCAUAGAUGGCAAGGAGGAAGUAGUUUCAGAAAUCCAUAACUGUGGGCAUCGCCACGAUGUGGAGGCUGGUGUGGAGGUUUGUAAGGACGCUGUGCCAUGCAAGAAAACUCAGCAGUGGGUUGAACCAGAGAAGGGCUCAUGCAACGACAAUCCGCGCUCUGCGGAUGGUGGCAGCCGGCCUUUCUUUCAUAUUGAUUUGAUCAGUGCGUUAGAAAAGGUGGAUGUGUAUUUAGCUCGGAACCCAGUGGUGUAG